CGAGCGGGCUCCGUCCCACCAAAGCCGCGCCCCGGUGGGCUCGGGGCCCGUCCCCGGGGCGGAGGCUCCGCUCCCCCCGCCCCAACGCCGGGAUCGCUCCCGCCCCAUUCCGGCUCCUCUCGCCUGCGGGCCCCGCCGCGGCCUGGGCGCGAUGGCGCGGCCUGAGGGGCCCCCGACGCUGCCCGAGCCCCUGCGGCGGCGGCUCGUCUCCUUCAGCAGCUCCGUGUUCAGCGACAGCCACCGCGCCGCGCUCAGCGACGUCCCCCGCGCCCCCCCAGGCUUCCCGGGCUACCGCGCAGAUUGUGAAAUCCUUUCCAGUUUGCCGCUGCAGAUGUCCCUCUAUUUCAACGUUUAUUUCUUCCCAUUUUGGUGGCUCAUCACAGUUGCCAUCCUCUACCUGAAGUAUCCAGACUUAUCGGAUUAUUACAAGUUCAUCCUGGUCACCAUCAUGAUCCUGGUCUCUCUGACAGAGCUCAUUCGACUCUACCUGGGAUAUGUGGGCAAUCUCCUGGAGAAAGUCCCUGAGCUGGCUGGGUUUUGGCUCCUGACUCUCCUCCCGCAGUUGCCUAUAAUUCUCUUCUUGCUAUUUAAUGAAGGUCUGAAAAUCCACUCUCUGGAGCGAGCCGUCCACAUCAUCUUCGCCGCCUUCCUCUCCUUCCAGGUGGUCGCGGCGUUUUUCACCCUGAAAAGGAUGGUGAACACUCUGGCCACUCGCUUCCGCCUGACCGAGUUCCACCGCCUGGAGGAGCAGCGCCCCGCGCCUGGCCCGUACAGCCUGGCCACCGGGGGCGGCUCCCGGGGCUGCUAGAGCCGCAGUGCCGGCCGAGACCGCGCCCCGAGGGCUCAGCGGGUGACAGAGCCCAGCCCAAUGCGGCCGCACUUCUGUUCACGUUUUGUUGGGCCAUUCUUCGCCUUCUUGCCUCGGAGGUGUCAAAAAAGUAGAUCUUGAGCCAACGUUAAACCUGAGAGGCUGGAGCUCCUUUCUGCAAGGAAAAUCAAAGCCAGUUGCAUAACUGACUUGAGUGGACUGUGGACUGAGUAGAUUUGGAGAGUUUUUACGUGUUACAAAGUUGUGGCAUUUAAAAAAAAAAAAAACAAACAGAAGCCUUUUUCCUCACUGUUUGCACAAAAUUCUUUUGUUUACAAUAAAUCUUUUCU